GUAUCCGCAUAACGUUGAAGUCAAGCAUGACCCGACACCGAUUAGCCAACCACGUGUUAAAGCGGAUUUAAAUUCCACAACAUUGGUGAUAUCAGGACCACUGGGCGUACAUUCCAUGCCAAUCAAACCAUACAUCAGGAUUAAGUUCAUCGAUUCUGACAUGCCGUACGCACCACCCAAUGAGCGAAAACAAGAGAAGAGGGGCAGGUCUCUCUCGAGCGGUGACGACGACGAAGAUGAUGAUUUCUUCGAUGAAAGCGAUUUUGACAAAAAACUGGCGAUAUCUGUCGAAGAUUACCGAAUCAAAGAGCAGAGAGCAAUGUGGGGGACGACCAGAUCCUUAAUUGCCAACUAUGUUAAGGGAGUUUCCGAAGGUUACAGGGUUUUAUUGAGGUUCGUUGGUGUGGGAUACCGAGCCAGCUUGGAGGCGGAUCCUCUUUCAGAAGGGAAUCGUAAACAACUUCAUCUGAGAGUUGGAUACAUUCACCCUGUCAUCUUAAAUAUCCCUCCUCACAUUGAAUGUCGCUUACCCAGUCCAACUAAAAUUGUCUUGAGCGGAACCGAUAAACAAUCGGUGAUGAUGUUUGCAUCGAAAAUAAGGGCACAUAGGAAACCCGAACCAUAUAAUCAAAAAGGUAUCUUCAUCAACGAUGAAACCAUCAAAAAGAAGAACAGCAAGAAAAAAUAG